AAUCACAAUUCCCCGCCAACCAAAAUUCUCUUCAAAUUACCCCCAAUCUCCCAUCUGGAUUAUCCCCGUGUAAGCGUACACGCUCAAAAUCAAGAAAUUCUUUGCCCGUAACUCGCAAUUAUGCAGAAUAGUUGAUAUUCAUUGAAGCAGGGAGGGAUCUAUGGAGAGUGGAAUGGUAUCAGUGGAUCGUUGGACUGCUGGAAGCCAAGUCUACUUUCUAACUCACCUUCAUGCCGAUCAUUUGAGUGGACUCACUUCGAAAUGGUCGAGGGGACCCCUUUACUGCUCCCGCAUUACUGCUAAGCUCUUUCCCAUUAAAUUCCCAGGAUUCGACCUUUCUCUUCUUCACAUUGUUGAAAUUGGUCAAUGGCACUCUGUUUCUCUACUAUCUCCUUCCUCGGGUUCUUCUACUGCUGUCUCUUUCAUGGCUAUUGAUGCACAUCAUUGCCCUGGAGCAGUAAUGUAUCUGUUUCGUGGUGAAUUUGGCUGCACACUCUAUACUGGGGAUUUCCGUUGGGAGAGCACAAGUGAGAGAGCGCAAACUGGAAGGACCAUGCUGCUUAAAGCUAUGAAGGAUGUACAGCUCGACAUGCUUUACUUGGAUAAUACUUAUUGUAACCCAACAUAUUGUUUUCCUUCACGCGAAGUUGCUGCUAGACAGGUUUUAAGCAUCAUAUCCUCUCAUCCUAAUCAUGAUGUUGUCAUUGCUGUUGACACACUAGGGAAAGAAAAUCUUCUGCUGUACAUAUCACGUGUCCUGAAAACAAAGAUUUGGGUGUGGCCAGAACGCUUACAAACUAUGCAUCUUCUUGGGUUCCAUGACAUCUUUACGACAAAAACUUCAGUAACAAGGAUUCGUGCUGUUCCUCGUUAUAGUUUUAACAUUGAGACUCUGGAGGGACUAAAUACAAUGCGUCCGACCAUAGGGAUCAUGCCAUCUGGUCUCCCUUGGGCCCCAAAAGCUUUCAGAGGAAUGGAAAAACUUUCCUUGGAAUCUCCUCCGUUGCUCCUUCAUAACAGGUGGCACACAGGUGUUACAACCUCUAGUACCUCAAGCAAGACAAAUGAAGGUUCAUUAAGUUCAGGGAGACAUGAUCAUUACAUAUAUACAGUUCCAUAUUCUGAUCACUCAUGCUUUCCCGAGUUACAAAAAUUUGUUGAGUUUGUCAAACCAAUUAAUAUCAAAGGCAUCGUAUCUUCAUCUGCUUGUAAUGUUGACCCCUUUUACCACUUUGGAAGCAUUUGUCGAAUCCAACAAGCAUCAGAGCUCUUAUGCCAGAGGCUCAGAAUUAAAAGAUCUGAAAAAGUUGGAGUCAUUGACAUGAAGUCUUCCUUUGGAUGCACCAGUACGAUGCAAUUAGGGAGGAAAAAGAGAAAGAGACAAAUUUCUAGAGCAGCUAUUCAUGUUAGUAGGGUGAGGUUGUUGAGAAGAGAGAGACAAGGAGUAAAGAUUGUGGAUACCGAUCCUGGUUAAACUACUAGAUGUCCUUCCCUAGCAAUUUUUAAAUACACAGGUUCUGAAGUCAUUCCAUUGUGUGUAACGAUGUUGAACUUGCUGUCAGUAGAAGCAGCAAAGGAAAUCUAGUUUAGAUUUUAACUUGUAUGUCUCGAGAUCAUCUAUCAAAUUUGAAGAGGUCAAGAGUUCGGUUUCCUACUUGGUUUCCACAUGGUUCAUAUUACUUUGUUAAACUU